AUGUCAUAUCAUUAUCUGUUUAAGUUUAUCAUAAUAGGAGAUACUUGUAAUAAUAAUAUGAUAAUAUGAAGCUGUCGGAAAAUCCUGCAUUUUGUAUUAAUUUUUGGAAUAGAAGUUUCGAGUGACACAUGAGAUGACAGUGGGAGUUGAAUUUGGAGCCAAAAUUCUGGAUUUAGAGAAUAAAUAGAUCAAAUUAUAAAUUUGGGAUACUGCUGGAUAAGAAACUUUUAAAUCUAUCACAAGAUAAUAUUAUAGAUCAGCAGCAGGAGCAAUUUUAGUAUAUGAUAUCACGAAAAGGGAAUCUUUUGAUAAUGUUAGAGAAUGGAUAAAAGAAUGUUAAACACAUGGCACAUAGGAUAUGGUUAUAGUAUUAGUUGGAAAUAAAAUUGAUUUAGAAAAAUAGUAUAAUAUACAUAAUAUAAAUGGCGUAAAGUUUCCAAAUCAGAAGGAUAGUAAUUAGCGAAUGAAAAAAAUCUAUUAUUUAUUGAAACAAGUGCAAAGGAUAAUUUAAAUAUUAUUGAUGUAAUAUCAAUAAUAUUUUUUAGACAUUCUCAUAAGCAGCAUAACAAGUGUUAAAAAUUGUAUAGAAUAGUUAACAAAAGAAUGAACUACCAGGAGUCAGAGUUGGAUAAUCUAUUAAUUAAACAUAAAAUUAAUAAAAUAGUUCUAAAUCACGUAGAUGUUGCUGAAAUUAUAAUUAAAUUAUAUAUCGUUAUUGCACAGAAAUUAUAAAAUUAAAAAUAGAUGAAUAUACUAUCAUCUUACUUAUUCAAAUAUAACUAUUUUAAAGAUCUUUAAAUAAAAUAAUUCAUUGAUCAAGAUAAAACUCAUAUUAAAAUAAAAAUUAUUAAAGAUUAUUAUCAUAAAAGAAUUAAAAUAAACUAAUUCCUAGAUUAAUGA